AUGUCAGCAUCUCGAUCUAUAUUACGUCCAAGCUACAAAUGGACUGGUUUUCGUGGCCUUGAUCAGGAUUCCGAAGGGUACAAGCAGAUGCAAAAGGUCCUUGCUUCUGCAGACUUCGAAUAUCUUAAAUCCCGAGCAAUCCUACUCCGUGCAAAAGCUGAAAUCUUGCCUGCUGAUAUUACCUGCACUAUCGAUACUACUCGAUUCGCCUGCGGCUUCAACAAUAUAGUUCUCGAAGUCGCCUUUUCCGAUUCAGUGUAUUGGGUUGCACGUAUCCAGUACCGUCGGGCCAGCGCGACGGGUUUCUGUCAGGAUGUUAUGUUGAGUGAGGUUGCAACAAUGCGCCUUGUUCGAAGCCGCACACCGAUUCCCGCCCCGGAGAUUUUCGAUUAUGAUAUUUCCGAGAACAAUCCGUGUGGAUACCCCUACAUUCUGGCACAGUGCCUUCCGGGUCAAACUUGUGACGGGCCUAUUGCAAAAUCAGCUCCGCCACACUGUCUUCCAAAAAUUGCUCGCCAGUUAGCAAACGUGUUCUUUGAGUUCCAGAAGAUAUCAUUUGACUCAAUUGGGCCAGUUAUGCCCCGUAGGGAUGCCGGCACGGAAUAUGAAGUUGUCCCAAUAAAUCCCGGAGCAAGACUACCGCAAACCUCGCUGGAAUAUUUUUACAAGGACAGGUUGAAGGAGAAUGAGAGGAUUAUUACGGCUCACCCCGGCGAUUCAGACUGGCUUACAGCUUGCUGGGUUCUCAAGCUGGCUACCGAUCAUACGUAUAUUAACAAUAGAAUAAACGGUCCAUUCCCUCUCUGUCAUCUAGACCUACACUAUGGAAACCUCCUCUUUGAUGAAGAAUUCAACUUGACUGGGGUUUUAGACUGGAGCCACGCUCAAACAAUGCCCCUAGAACGCCUGGCACUUUGCCCGGAGUUUAUCGCGUUUCCAGGCCUUUCUGACGAGGAGAAUAGGUCCAUUAUCGAGUUCAAAACCCUCGUUAUCCAGAGCUUGAAGGAACUGGAGACGAAUGCAAAUCAUUCCCGGAAUUUAACUUCGUUGUCAGACUAUAUGGAGUCUCCCAGAGCCGAAAUUGCAUACCUAUGCCAGUUUAGCAAUUCCCGCCAGGCUCUAUGGUUUGCAAAGCGGGCCUGUAAGCUUAUGUUUGGAGAAGAGAUUUCUUGGGACCAGUUGAAGAGAAUAUACGGUAUGAAACGCCUGGAUUAA